AAACAAUCUUAAGAGCUCAAACUCAAACCAAACUCAAAAUAUCCCUGAAAGAAAACCAAUUUCUUCCAAAACCCUAUCAUCUCUUUAAAUAUAUAUAUAUAUAUAUAUUUCUAGAUCCUUUGAUUCCAGCUUGCAGGUGCUGCUCCUAUCAGCAUAGUUUCUAGGUGCAGUGUGUAAAAGUUUGAAAUUUCUUUUAUGUCCAUCCAGGUCAUUCCCUAUUUGGGAUCACUUGGGUUGCUUGAAGAGUAUUGUCCUUCAGUUAGAAAAAAGAUCAGACCUUUGUCCGACAAAUUUGGCUGUAUGUAUCUUGGAUCAUUUAAAGAACACCCAGAUUUUCAUGGCUGCAGCUGGUUGCAACCUUUUGAGAUUGUACAAGAUCAGUCUUCUCUCAUACUGUACAAAACUUUAGAAGACUUUACUGCUGUGUACACCUUGAGUUCUAUCAUUUGCUGCCUGUGACAUAGAGCUAUUUUGUUUUCAAUUGUUGUUGAAGAUGGCUUUACAGAAUAUUGGUGCUGGAAAUAGCGAUGAUGCCUUCUACAGGUAUAAGAUGCCCAAAAUGAUCACCAAGUUUGAGGGCCGAGGAAAUGGAAUCAAAACGAACAUAGUCAACAUGGUUGAUAUUGCAAAGGCAUUGGCAAGGCCAGCCUCUUAUACAACCAAAUAUUUUGGCUGUGAGCUUGGUGCUCAGUCUAAAUUUGAUGAAAAAACCGGGACUUCCCUUGUUAAUGGGUCCCAUGAUACUGCUAAGCUUGCUGGACUUCUUGAAAACUUCAUCAAGAAAUAUGUGCAGUGUUUUGGCUGUCGAAACCCUGAAACUGAGAUAUUGAUAUCUAAGACUCAGAUGAUCCAAUUGAACUGUGCUGCAUGUGGUUUUGUUUCAGAUGUUGAUAUGAAAGAUAAGUUGACAACUUUCAUCUUGAAAAACCCACCUGAAGUGAAGAAGGGAUCAAAAGACAAGAAAGCAUUGAGGAGGGCUGAAAAGGAGCGACUUAAGCAAGGUGAGGCUGCAGAUGAAGAGCAGAAAAAACUGAAGAAAGACGGAAAGAAGAAAGGCUCCUCUUCUAAGGAAUGCACCAGUAAAGUCAGCACAUCAAAGAAGAAAGCUGGUGGCUGUGAUGAUGAUUACGUUUCACCACCUCACAGUCAAGUUGAUGAAAAGGAAGAGAUUGAUGAGGAUGAUGUGCAAUGGCAAACUGAUACAUCAGUGGAAGCAGCUCAGCAGCGAAUCCAGGAGCAAUUGAGUGCUGUGACAGCGGAUAUGGUCAUGUUAUCUACAAAUGAAUCAGAAAAGAAAACAAAGGUGACUAGCAAAGCAAGCAACAAUUCAAAUGGUUCAUCUUCACCAAGGCAAGACAAUCACAAGGCUAAGAAUGGCAACUCAGACCUUAAUGAGGCCCUUGCUGUUAAGGAAUUGAAAGCAAAUUUGAAGAAAGGUGUUUCUGCAAAUCAACUGAAGAAACUUUUGGGAUCUCUUUCUGGUUCUGACCAGGAAAAGAUGAUUGCUCUCCUAGAGGCACUCUUUGAUGGCAUCAAUAAAGGGGUUGCUAAGGAGGUGGUUAAAAGGAAAAACUACCUUGCUGCUGCCGUUGCUCAAGAUGAGGGAUCACAGCUGCUUCUACUUAAAGCGAUAGAGUCAUUUUGUGGAAAGGCCAGCUCAAGUGCAUUGAAGGAAGUUUCUUUAGUUUUGAAAGCACUCUAUGAUGCUGAUGUGUUGGAGGAGGAGUACAUACUGCAAUGGUAUCAAGAAGGUCUGAAGGGAGAGAACAAAGGCUCUCAGAUAUGGAAGAAUGCUAAGCCUUUUAUUGAUUGGCUCCAGAGUGCAGAGUCAGAAUCUGAAGAGGAAUGACAUGGUACCUCUUUCUUCCAGGUGGCUGCUGCCAAUGUUUGUGUUUUUGCAUUUUUAAAGUGUUUUCUGCUACUAGUGAAUAAAGAGUGGUGAGUGAGACUACUUUGAUUUCGAAGUUUGCUUUAGUUUUUUCAUGGAGUGUCUUGUCUAAUGUUAGGGCUUUGAUCCCUGUUGUCAGCUGUCAUAUUGUUGAUUUGUGCUUGGACGGUUGAAUGUUAUUAUCUACAAUUCCUUUGUUUAAGUUAAUUUCCAUUCUCCCUAAUCAUUGAAGUUUGUAGUGUUUAAUUUCCUGGUAGUUAAUGAUCUAGUGAACUAAAUUACUGAUUUGCCAUUGGUGGUACUGAUGAUAUGAUCCGUAUAUCUGGAAUUCAUGGAAUUUUCACGCUGGGUUCCAACUGGCUCUCAAUGUGAUGGCUGUGCCCGUGAGGCUGAUGAUAGAGAAGCUAAAUGAACUCCCUUUCUUUUAUCGGAGGUACGAGUUUAUUUUUGUCAAAAAAUAUACUUGAAAACAAAAAGCUACUUUUCUUGUUUUUUUUUUUUUGGAUGUUUUUGUUUAAGUACAAUUUACUAGCUUUGUAGGGAGAGUGAUUAUAAAAUGAAGCUCAAUGAACCAAUUCGACUAAAAUACAAAUAUUUUCCCAUCUUUAAAAAAUAAAUACACUUGCCUUUUUGGGUACAAUUUAGGGCUCAUUUGUAUUUUAUCUUAUCAGGAAUAAGGAGGUUUUGACUUACAUUCCCGCUGGAGAUUGCAUUUGGAUAGCAUUCUAACGGUGCAAUUAAAGGUCAAAACUCCUACUGUCCCUCCAAUCUCUAAUUGAAAGGGGAAGGAUUUAAAAAUGGCUCAAUAGACUUUAGGAUAAACGACUGUUUCAGUGUAAAUUCGAAAAAAUAAUUAUGACAAGAUGAGUAAAUUAAUUGUUAUAGUCAAUCAUCGUCCCUUCAAUCUCCAGACCAAAGAGAGUGUCCAAUGAUUCAACAGAAGGCAAGCAACUGUUUUAGUGUAAAUUCAAAAAAAUAAUAAUCAUAAAUGACCGGAUGAGUCAAUCAACUAUUAUAUUCAAUGUUACCAUUAUCAUUAUAUUUAUACUUUGUAUAUUUUCUU